CCCGGGCUUAGAGAUUAGCUUUCCAUAAUUUGCCAGGGGAAGUUGAAGUUUAGUCUGUUGAAAUAUUGUCGUGGGAGGCUAAUCUUUCCAAGAAAGUAGUCAUCAGUCAGUCCUCUUUUGUUCUUGGUCACUUUAUGAUCCCUGCUAGAAACAGACCACUUGAUUUGGUUCGCUGGAUUUUUUGAGCAUGCUUCCUGGUGACAUGUGGCCCAGGCUUAUCUGUGUGUAGUAAGUACCCUCAUUCUCCGGGAAAUCCAGCUUCCUUGAAGAAUGGGCUCCUUGGGUACCAGGGCCUCUUCCCUUUGUGACCGGCUGCCACCCGUGGAACUGCACCUCGACACCUCCUUGCACUGAUGGGGACGUAGGCUCUGCUCGACUUCAGUCUUCCGGUCCAGCAGCUUGCGUGGGGGCCAGCUGAGGCGCAGAUGUCUGCAGCACUUUGGAACUCAGCCCCCUGUUUGCAUCCAUUGUUUGAAGCUAGAGCUGUCUAUUUUCUCUGGCUGGAUGGAGUGGCCACAGCAGGAUACUUCCUUGUCCAGAAAGGAUGCCUGGACCCAGACCUACCCACCUAGGAGGAGGAUCAGGCGUGCACAGGUCCAGGGUAUAGGUCAGCUGAAGCUGUCCAUUGAUGCCCAGGAUCGGGUUCUGCUGCUGCACAUUAUAGAAGGCAAAGGCCUGAUGAGCAGAGAGCCUGGCGUCUGUGAUCCCUACGUGAAGAUCUCUUUGAUCCCGGAAGACAACCAGCAAUGCCCUCAGAAGACACAGACCAUUCCAGACUGCAGAGACCCAGCGUUCCACGAGCACUUCUUUUUCCCUGUCCCAGAGGAGGGUGAUCAGAAGCGUCUUCUGGUGACCGUGUGGAACAGGGCCAGUGAGACCAGGCAGCAUGCACUCAUCGGCUGCAUGAGCUUCGGGGUGAGAUCCCUCUUGACUCCGGACAAGGAGAUCAGUGGCUGGUAUUAUCUGCUAGGGGAGGACCUGGGCCGGACCAAGCACCUCAAGGUGGCUAGGCGGCGGCUCCAGCCCCUGAGAGAUAUGCUGUUGAGAAUGCCAGGAGUUGGGGACCCUGAGAGUGGGGAGAAAUUCCAGGUUUCAGGAAGCCUUCGGGCUUAUCUGCAGAGGCACACAGCGCAGACAGGGCUCGGGGAGAUCACUAUCCCGAGGGGCAAAGACGGCUUUGGCUUCACCAUCUGCUGUGACUCUCCGGUCCGAGUCCAGGCUGUGGAUUCUGGGGGCCCAGCAGAGAGAGCAGGGCUGCAGCAGCUGGACACAGUGCUACAGCUGAAUGAGAGGCCCGUGGAGCACUGGAAAUGUGUGGAGCUGGCACACGAGAUCCGGAGCUGCCCUAGUGAGAUCAUCCUGCUCGUGUGGCGUGUGGUCCCCCAGAUCAAGCCAGGGCCAGAUGGUGGAGUUUUGCGGCGGGCCUCCUGCAAGUCCACACAUGACCUCCUGUCGCCCCCUAACAAGAGGGAGAAGAACUGUACCCAUGGGGCCCCGUCCCGUCCUGAGCAGCGCCACAGCUGCCAUCUGGUGUGUGACAGCUCCGAUGGCCUACUGCUUGGUGGCUGGGAGCGCUACACCGAGGUGGGCAAGCGCAGCGGCCAGCACACCCUGCCUGCACUGUCUCGGGCCACCACCCCCACCGACCCCAACUACAUCAUCUUGGCCCCGCUGAACCCUGGAAGCCAGUUGCUGCGGCCUGUGUAUCAGGAGGAUGCCAUCCCUGAAGAACCAGAGACUACCACUAAAGGGAAAUCGUACACCGGCCUGGGCAAGAAGUCCCGGCUGAUGAAGACAGUGCAGACCAUGAAGAGCCACAGCAACUACCAAGAUUGCUCGGCCCUGAGACCACAUGUCCCGCACUCGAGCUACGGCACCUACGUCACGCUGGCCCCCAAAGUCCUGGUGUUCCCUGUUUUUGUGCAGCCCCUAGAUCUCUGUAACCCCGCCCGGACUCUCCUGCUGUCUGAAGAGCUGCUGCUGUAUGAGGGGAGGAACAAGGCUUCCCAGGUGACACUGUUUGCCUACUCGGACCUGCUGCUCUUCACUAAGGAGGACGAGCCAGGCCGCUGUGACGUCCUGAGAAAUCCCCUCUACCUCCAGAGUGUGAAGCUACAGGAAGGUUCUUCAGAAGACUUGAAAUUCUGUGUGCUGUACCUGGCAGAGAAGGCAGAGUGCUUAUUCACUUUGGAGGCUCACUCACAGGAGCAGAAGAAGAGAGUGUGCCGGUGCCUGUCGGAGAACAUCGCCAAGCAACAACAGCUGGCCGCAUCGCCCCCAGAGAGGAAGAUGUUUGAGACAGAGGCAGAUGAGAAGGAGAUGCCCCUGGACAAGGGGAAGGGGCCAGGUGCUGAGGAACUCACACCCAUCAAAGACCCCUCUCCUGGCCAGGAGCUCCCUGCAGGACAAGACCUCCCACCCAGCAAGGACCCCUCUCCCGGCCAGGAGCUUCCUCCAGGACAAGACCUCCCACCCAGGAAGGACUCCUCUCCCAGCCAGGAGCUCCCUGCAGGACAAGACCUCCCACCCAGCAGAGACCCCUCUCCCAGCCAGGAGCUUCCUGCAGGACAAGACCUUCCACCCAGCAAAGACCCCUCUCCCAGCCAGGAGCUUCCUCCGGGACAAGACCUCCCACCCAGGAAGGACUCUUCUUUGGGGCAAGAAGCAGCUCCUGGCCCAGAGUCGCCAUCCGGUGAAGACACAGCUGUCCGCCAAGAGCCCCCUCAAAGCCCAGAAACCUCAACAAGCAAGAACUCCCCACUGCACCAGGGCUCUCCUCCAACCACAGAACUCCCAUCUUGCCAGGACCUUCCUACUGGUCAAGAAUCCACCCCUAGCCAGGACCCUCUGCUCAGUCAAGAGCCCCCUGUCAUCCUAGAACCCCCUGCCUCAGUCCAGAACCUUCCACCCUCUCAGGAGUCACCUCCCAGCCAGGGCUCCCCACCGGAGAAGGCCCCUGACGAACAGGCCAUCAGCUCUGGGGAGCUAGCCGCGACCACCGCAGCUGUACCUCGGGCCUCCCGGCCCCACUUUGUGAUCCCCGAGGUCCGGCUGGAUAGCGCCUACAGCCAACGGGAUGGGGCCCACGGGGGCAGCUCUGGCGAGGAUGAGGAUGCAGAAGAGGGAGAGGAAGGGGAAGAGGGGGAGGAAGAUGAGGAGGAAGACACCAGCGACGACAACUAUGGGGACCGCAGCGAGGCCAAGCGCAGCAGCCUGAUUGAGACCGGCCAAGGUGCGGAGGGCGGCUUCUCACUGCGCGUGCAGAACUCGCUGCGGCGCCGGACGCACAGCGAGGGCAGCCUGCUGCAGGAGGCCCGGGGGCCCUGCUUCGCCUCUGACACCACCCUAAACUGCUCUGAUGUCGAGGGCACCGCGUCCACCUGGGCCAUCCCUUCACCCCGCACCCUCAAAAAAGAACUGGGUCGUAAUGGAGGCUCCAUGCACCACCUUUCCCUGUUCUUCACUGGACACAGGAAGAUGAGUGGGACUGACCUCGGGGAUGAUGAUGAAGCCUCCCGGAAGAGAAAGAGCAAAAACAUAGCCAAGGACAUGAAGAAUAAGCUGGCUAUCUUCAGGAGGCGAAAUGAAUCUCCGGGGGCCCCGCCAGCCAGCAAGACAGACAAGACGACAAAGUCCUUCAAGCCUACCUCGGAGGAAGCCCUCAAAUGGAGCGAGUCUCUGGAGAAGCUGCUGCUUCACAAGUAUGGCUUAGAAGUGUUUCAGGCCUUCCUUCGCACUGAGUUCAGUGAGGAGAAUCUGGAGUUCUGGCUAGCUUGUGAGGACUUCAAGAAGGUCAAAUCACAGUCCAAGAUGGCAGCCAAAGCCAAGAAGAUCUUUGCCGAAUUCAUCGCGAUCCAGGCUUGCAAGGAGGUAAACCUGGACUCAUACACACGAGAACACACCAAGGACAACCUGCAGAGUGUCACGCGAGGCUGCUUUGACUUGGCACAAAAACGUAUCUUUGGGCUCAUGGAAAAGGACUCCUACCCUCGCUUUCUCCGCUCCGACCUCUACCUGGACCUCAUUAACCAGAAGAAGAUGAGCCCCCCGCUCUAGGGACCACCAGUAUCCAGCUCAGCGUUCACACCAAGCGGAAGCAGGCUCCCUGCCCAUCCGCCUCCCUCCCCUGUGACGGAGGGGGCAAGCGAGCCCCCAAAGGCUGUGUCUCCAGACAGACAGAAGGACAUUUGGAUUCGAGACCUGGACUGAGAGAGACCCAGGCCGCUACAGGAGUAGGAGGACAGGCCGCAUCGGGUCCUCAAUGCUCCGGUACGAGGGGACCAAGGGCUCUGGCAGGCCCAAGCAGGAUCAGGAGCUGUGGCUCCAUGCUUUGGAGAUUCAGAGACUUCACGCUGACCAAGUUCCUUCGAGAACUGGCGAGGGGAGGUCUGGAGGCCCAGGCCUGGGCUCCGAGGACGUCUCGGGGGCCGCGGGGGCUCACAGCUCGGAUCCUCCCCCAUUGAACUUUAUUUAUUUAAACUGUAGUUGGAUGCUUGGCAAUGAACUGUAAUAGGAAACCUUUGCCCUGCCAGUUUUCUUAAUUUACAAGUGCAAUAUCUUAACCAAUGCCUUGUUAAAGCCACCUGGAGAGGUGGCCACCACCCUGCAGUUUCAGGGCAUUUGCUGGUCCCAGGAACCAGUGGUGGCAGCUGGGCCUUCUAGACUGACAAGGCCUUGCGGGGAUGCUGCAGAAAUCUGGCACCCCCUGGGUGGGUGUCGUUCCCCCCCCCCCCCCAAGAGAUCUGGGAAAGCAUAGUGCCCUCCAGCCACACAGGAACAAGUGUUGGAACGAAUAAAUGGCCUGUGUUCUUCUCA